AUAAGUUCGUAAACAGUUUUGCAUUGUAAGCAAACUUCAGGAAACAUAGUUUAGAACUUAUAGUGUGUUGUAACCGCAAAGAAAAUGGCAGAAGACCAUGAUAUAAGGAGGCUGCAUAGGCCAGAUGAAAGAAAGCACAGCAUUGGAAGUACAUGUAGUUCCUCUGCAUCAAGAGAUGAACCAAAUGCACUAAUUUCAAAAAGGAAAAGAAAACAUCGAAGUAGAGACUCAUCCAGCAGUUCAUCAUCAUCAUCAGAUUCUUCUUCCUCUUCCUCCUCAUCUUCAUCUACAUCAUCUUCAGAUUCGACUGACUCAGAUUCAUCAGCCGAACAUUCACACAAAAAGAGACAGAAGAGCAAAAGUAAAGAAAAGCAUGAGAGGAAAAAGAAAAGCAAGAAAAGACGUAAAAGUGGAGAAAAGAAAGGACCGGUACAGUUGUCGCAGUUCAUGAGAGAGAAGCACAAAAAUAAGAAGCAUAAAGAAGAAAGGAGUGCUCUGUCAGGGAAGAAGAUACAACGCAAGAUCAAGAAAACCAAGAUUGACUUACAGAGGGACAAGAACAGGGAAGAGUUACUGAACUUUCUGAAUGCAACUAUGUAGGAAACCUAAAGCAAAUGCAGAUAAAGAUGGACAACUCUUUGUGGAUCUGUUAAGUUGUUCUUGUUGAUGCUCUCCCUUAGAAUAUAAAAAGUACAAUAAAACUCGUGUCAGGCCAUAACAUUUAUUAUGCCCCCUUUUGAAGAAGAGGAGGUAUAUUGUUUUGCACAUGUCGGUCCGUCGGUUGGUUGGUCCGUCCACCAGAUGGUUUCCGGAUGAUAACUCAAGAACGCUUAGGCCUAGGAUCAUGAAACUUCAUAGGUAUAAUGAUCAUGACUGGCAGAUGACCCCUAUUGAUUUUCAGGUCACUAGGUCAAAGGUCAAGGUCAUAGUGACUUGAAAUAGUAAAAUGGAUUCCGGAUGAUAACUCAAGAAUGCUUUGGCCUAGGAUCAUGAAACUUCAUAGGAACAUUGAUCAUGACUGGUAGAUGACCCCUAUCGAUUUUCAGGUCACUAGGUCAAAGGUCAAGGUCACAGUGACUCGAAAUAGUAAAAUGGUUUCCGUAUGAAAACUCAAGAAUGCUUACACCAAGGAUCAUGAAACUUCAUAGAUACAUUGAUCAUGACUCACAGAUGACCCCUAUUGAUUUUCAGGUCACUAGGUCAAAGGUCAAGGUCACGGUGACCCAAAGCAGAAAAAUGGUUUCCGGAUGACAACUCAAGAACUUAUGCCUAGGAUCAUGAAACUUCAUAGGUACAUUGAUCAUGACUGGUAGAUGACCCCUAUUAAUUUUCAGGUCACUAGGUCAAAGGUCAAGGUCACAGUGACUCGAAACAGUAAAUGGUUUCCUGAUGAUAACUUGAGAAUGAUUAGGCCUAGGAUCAUGAAACUUCAUAGGUACAUUGAUCAUGACUGGCAGAUAACCCCUUUCGAUUUUCAGGUCACUAGGUCAAAGGUCACAGUGACAAAAAACGUAUUCACACAAUGGCUCCCACUACAACUGACAGCCCUUAUGGGGGCAUGCAUGGUUUACAAACAGCCCUUGUUUAUGUUAUGAAUCUGCAAAUCCAGAAGACAAAUACUGGUGCUGACGUAUAUAAACUCUUAUUUUGUAUUAUUUCAAUUGUGAGAUUUAUUCUCAAGUGGAUUUUGCUAUUUAUGUACUGAAGGGAUAUAGAAACAACGCAAUCAUGUAUCUUGUAAAAUCCAGAAAAGUAAGAUUACUAUUUCAGGUGCACAUGUAUGUCCUUAAUUUGAAUACCCCCCCCCCCCUGUUAUACAAUAAUGGUAAAUAAUGCAACUUAAAGAAACUAGUGAACAGUUCUUAAAAUGCUCUGUUCCACUAUUUAGUUAUUUAGUUUAUUAAAUAUCUUCCAAUCCAAAAUGCAUUUUUAGCAUGUUUAAAUUGGUUCAACGUUUCUUCCAUGGAUUAUGUCAUGGUUAGUAUUUCUAAAGAAACAAACCAGCGUCAACUAUGUACCCGUGUUUAAUUUAUUCUUAUAAUUUUGAAAUAACUAAAACGUUGUUCAUUGUUUACUGUUAUGCUUUGACUGGUUUGUAGGCUAAUUUGUUAUGUGAUUGUUCUGUUUUGAAAUAAAAAUGUAUUUUUGUAAA